AUGGAUGACGAUUUAUACGACGAGUUUGGAAACUUCAUCGGCGAGGAGGUCGAGGCCUCGGAGGAAGAAUCCGAACAUGGCGUCGACGUCGGCAAUUACGCCUAUGAUGACUACUCCGAGGCUGCCCCAGAAGCACCCGAAGAGCACAUGGAUGUUGAUGAUGAAGGACCUUCGAAUGCAGUGAUCCUCCACGAAGACAAACAAUAUUAUCCGACAGCGGCACAGGUGUACGGGGAAGGUGUUGAAACAUUGGUGGAAGAGGAGGAUGCCCAGCCUUUGACGCAGCCGAUUAUUGCGCCGGUAGAGCAGAAGAAGUUCAACAUCGAGGAGGCCGACCUUCCACCCGUCUACUUCGACCGCGGUUUCAUGACCGAUCUCAUGAACUUCCCAGACCAGAUCCGGAACGUCGCGUUAGCCGGGCACCUGCACCAUGGAAAGACGGCCUUUAUGGAUAUGCUAGUUUUGGAGACACACGCAAUCACCGACCGGCUUGACAAACGGACGGGGAAGAAGCGGGACGAGCAACUCCGCUACACAGACAUUCAUACCAUUGAACGGGACCGCGGGUUGUCGAUCAAGGCCGCACCGAUGACUGUGGUUCUCCCCAGCACAAAAGGGAAAUCACAUUUGGUCAACGUCAUUGACACACCAGGUCAUGUGGAUUUCGUCGACGAGGUGGCCGCUUCCUUCCGCCUCGUGGAUGGUGUGUGUCUGGUGGUGGACGUCGUGGAGGGGGUGCAGGUCAACACAGAGCAGAUCAUCAAGCAUGCGGUGCUUGAGGAUAUUCCGCUCACACUAAUUGUCAACAAGAUGGAUCGGUUAAUACUCGAACUCAAGCUGCCACCAAACGAUGCCUACUACAAACUCAAGCAUGUCAUCGAGGAGGUCAACAAGGUCAUUGAGGACACGAUUCCUGGUCGAGGGUCAGAGAAGAGGAUAAGCCCCGAAAAGGGUAAUGUUCUUUUUGCUUGCACCUCUAUGGGGUGGUGCUUCACUUUGGCAUCAUUUGCCAAGAUGUACUCGGACAGCUUUGGCGGUGUCAACAUUGAUGAGUUUGCUCGGCGAUUAUGGGGCGAUGUCUACUUCAACCCGCGAAGAAGGAGUUUCACCAGGAAACCCGUUGAACCGGAAGCGAAGCGGUCGUUCGUCAAUUUCAUUCUAGAGCCGAUAUACAAGCUUUACUCGCACACAAUCAGCGAGAGCCCAGAGGACUUGAAGGAGACGUUAGCGAAGCUUGGAAUCCAGCUUAAGCCAUCCCAGCUCAGGUCUGACCCCAAGGACCUUCUCAAACUAGUCUGCGAAAAGUUCUUCGGACCGUCGACUGGAUUUGUGGAUAUGGUCUGCCAGCACAUUCCUUCGCCAGUUGAAGCCGCCGAGAAGAAACUAGCACAGUACUACACCGGCCCGCUUGACACCAAGGUGGCCGAGUCAAUGAAGACGUGCGACCAAAAUGGUCCUUUGGUCAUCUAUGUAACGAAGCUCUUCAACACAUCAGACGCCAAAAGCUUCUACUCGUUCGGCCGUGUGAUGAGUGGCAUCGUGAAGCCUGGCACGGAAGUCCGGGUGCUUGGUGAGGGGUACUCAAUUGACGACGAGGAAGACAUGGCCCUGGGGAGGGUAUCUGACGUUUUCAUUGCGGAAACACGAUACAAUAUUCCGACGGACGGUAUUCCCGCGGGCAAUUGGGUGCUUCUGGGUGGUGUUGACAACUCUAUUGUCAAGACGGCUACCAUCGUCGAGAAGAAAUUCGAGGACGACGAGGAUGCUUAUAUCUUCAAGCCUUUAUCACACUUCACUGAGUCUGUCUUGAAGGUUGCUGUCGAGCCGAUCAACCCAUCAGAACUGCCCAAGAUGCUUGACGGCAUCAGAAAGAUCAACAAAAGCUACCCUUUGAUUUCCACAAAGGUGGAGGAGUCUGGCGAGCAUAUCGUUCUUGGUACGGGUGAGCUCUACAUGGACUGUGUGCUCCACGACCUGCGGCGGCUCUACGCCGACAUGGAGGUCAGAGUGUCGGAUCCUGUUGUUCGCUUUUGUGAGACAGUCCAAGACAUGUCGGCGACCAAGUGUUACGCCAUCACACCCAACAAGAAAAAUACCAUCACCAUGGCCGCGGAGCCACUGGACGACGGGAUCGCCAAGGAUAUUGAGUCUGGGGCGGUCCGGAUACGCGAUCCCGUGCGCAAAACGGCCAAGUUUUUCCAGGAAAAGUAUGGCUGGGAUAUGCUCGCGGCCAGGAGCAUAUGGGCCUUUGGUCCCGAUGAGAUGGGGCCAAACAUUUUGCAGGACGACACACUACCAACAGAGGUCGACAAGAAACGGCUAAACACGGUCAAGGAAACGAUCCGCCAAGGGUUCAGUUGGGCGACCCGAGAAGGGCCCCUCUGCGAGGAACCCAUCCGCAACACCAAAUUCCGCCUCAUCGAUGUCGCGCUCGCGCAGGAGGCCAUCUUCCGUGGGGGUGGCCAAAUCAUUCCAACUGCGCGGCGAGCGUGCUAUUCAUCGUUCCUCAUGGCCUCUCCGCGGCUCAUGGAACCCAUGUACUCCGUUUCCAUGACCGCACCGCAGGACGCCGUCAGUACUGUGUACAACAUCCUAGCACGGCGGCGCGGCCACGUGCUGUCCGAUGGCCCAAUCGCUGGCACGCCGCUGUACCGUGUGGACGGCCUGCUCCCCGUAAUCGACUCCUUCGGUUUCGAGACUGACCUACGCAUCAACACCCCCGGCCGCGCCAUGGUUUCGCUCGUCUUCGACCGCUGGAACAUUGUCCCUGGUGAUCCGCUCGACCGCGAGGUGGUGACGCGCCCUCUGCAAAUGGCUACCCCACUAGCCACGGCUCGGGACUUUGUCCUUAAGACAAGACGCAGAAAGGGAUUGAGCGAGGAUGUCACCGUGGCCAAGUUCCUUGAGGCCGAGUUUUACCAGAAGCUAGUUGAGGACGGGACGCUAGAUGGCGCGUAA